GGCUCUUCAGCAGUUCCAGAGGGAGAAGAUUGAAGUUCACCUUCCGCAGUCCCUGGGAAGUUUUUCGAGAGAGUUUGGGAGCACAGAUGCUUGUGCCAAGAAGGAUGAUGAUCUCCCAUGGUACUUACGAGGCCCUUUAUUUUCCAUCUCCAUUUCAGAAGACUCAGGUGUUUCAAUUACAUUUGGCCCCAAAAGAUCACUGUGUUUCUUAUCUCUGGAUCCCAAAGUCUUCAGUUUAAAAAACAUCAUAACCAGAAAAAGGUCUGCAGAGAAGGAUUCUGAGCAAGUAGAAGCAAAGGAUGAGAGAGAGCUGAAAUCUGCUGAGCCUUCUGUUGCAGAUGAGUAUGAAAGCAACAAUGGAGAAGCAGUGGAUAGUGAAUUACAGGCAGAAUAUGAGGCAGUACCGGAAUACAAAGAGCAAGAUGGAUGUAGGUUGGAGCCUGACUCUGAAUUGCCUGGUGAAGAUGAUGAAACUCCUGAAGGAUAUGAUUCCUAUGAUAGGUGGAACAACACAUGUGGGGUGUAUGAGGCAGGGAAAGAUGAGAUGUCUUAUGCUUAUCCUUCUUCUUCCAUUUAUGAACCUCAGUAUGAAUCCACCUAUUACUCUACUUAUGAAGUGCCUUCCAGAAGUACAUCUCCCCAGUCAUUUGCAAAGAAAAAUGGUACUUAUUGUAAAUAUAUGGCCUCAUGUCCCUGUAACCCACAAAAUGUCUAUGAAUCAUAUGAGUCACAGUACGACUGUGACUACUCUGCUUAUGAUUCACAGUAUGAUUAUGAAUUCUCUCCAUGUGAGUCACAAUAUGCAUAUGACACCUCAUUGGGGAAGACAUCUCAGUACAGGUAUGAUAACUCUCCUCCAUAUGAGUGGCGGUGUAAUUAUGAGACCUCUCCAAUAUAUGAAACGCAAUAUCAGUACAAGGGUUCCCCUGUGUAUGAGUCUACCUAUGAAUAUGUGUAUGAGUGGCCCAUGCAGCAGAAUGAGUCACAGCCCCAAGAUCUCUUCACUCCUGAAUACGAGCUGCCACCCAAUUGGAACAAACAACAGAAGGAAUGCAAGUCACCUCCUGGGAGCAACAAACCACAUGACCAACUAGAACCAGCUUUGGAAGAUACUGAUGAUCUUCAAGGACUGGAGGAUUUACCUGCUGUGUGCAGGCCAGCUGUUGGAGGCAAGGCAUCCUUGGGUCAUAGUGAAGGAGUACCAGGCUGUGUUGGGACCACUCCUGGAAAUACAGUAGUAGCUUUGCCUCCUGAGGAGCCAGGCAAUAGCCAGCAGGAUCAGCUACCAAAUGGAAUAAGGAAGCAGUGCCUUGAUGGCUCAGAAGGGCUCCUGGGUGGCAUGAGGAAAUUCCUGGAUGGAACAAAGAAGCUUUUGUGUAGAGGGAACCAGCUUUACAAAGAGCCCAUCCCAGAAGAAGGCAAGUGGAGCAAGCUCCCAAACAUCAACAGCCCACCUCAGAGGGGAAUAAUUCAUCUGAAUGGGAGCCCUGUGUUAGUAGACAAUUCCAUUUGGCCCAAAGGUGAAAGGAAUCUGUGCAUAGGCAGAGCAAUCCAGCCACAUCACCUCAGAGGAGUCUGCCGGACACGAGGGGGAAUGACGCCACAUCUUCCAGAUAUUUCUGGCCGACUCUGGGGCAGAGUGAAUAGGGUUCCGGGCAGGGGCAAUUUCUCCCCUUUGCCCUCCCAUUCCAGGUGCUCCCAUAACUCCUAGACCAAGGAACACCUUAUAAAUCCUGGAUUGCUGGAGAAAAACAUAA